AUGAUGGAUAAUGUUUCUGUUGUCACAAUGUUUACUCUUUCUGGUUUACAUUUUACAUGGGAACAAAGAAUUGCUCUCUUCUUGCUAACUUUACUGUGGUAUUUAAUUAUUCUGUUGGGAAAUGUUGCUCUUACUGUUGUCAUUAUUAUAGAUAAAAACCUCCAUGAACCCAUGUAUAUCUUCUUGUGUAAUCUAUGCAUCAAUGCACUGUAUGGAACUGUUGGUUUUUACCCCAAAUUCCUUCUGGAUCUUUUGUCAUCUCAUGUUAUAUCUUAUGCUGGAUGCAUGUUGCAGGGUUUUGUAAUACACUCAUCAACCUGCUGUGAUUUUUCUAUCUUAGCUCUGAUGGCAUAUGACAGAUAUGUGGCUAUAUGUCGACCUCUAGUUUACCAUUCGAUCAUGACUAAACAGAGAGUCUCCGUCUUUGUGUUUUUCUCCUGGCUUUUACCUCUCUAUUGUAUGUUUAUGAACACAGCUACAUUGCUAGGAUCAAAGUUAUGUGGCUCACACAUAAACAAGGUCUACUGUGUAAACUGGAUGGUCGUUUCUCUCGCUUGCUCACCAGUCAAAGCAAACACUGCAGUCUCAUAUUUUAAUAUGUUGUUUUACUUUGGACAUUUUGUGUUUAUUAUUUGGUCUUACAUGUAUCUGAUAAGAACAUGCAUGUCAUCCAAGGAGAAGCAAGGGAAAUUUAUGCAGACAUGCAUGCCACAUUUAGUGUCUCUAAUUAUUUUUUCAAUAUCUGUGCUUCUGGAUUUAUUGUACAUGAGAUUUGGAUCAGCUGAUUUAUCUCAAGACCUCAAUAAUUUUAUGGCAAUUGAAUUUCUACUUAUUCCUCCAGUUGUAAAUCCAUUUAUAUAUGGAUUAAAACUUACCAAGAUCCGUAACAAAGUGUUGAAUUUGGUGUAUAUAAAAAGGACAGAUGCAAAGUUUUAA